ACAUUGUUCCGAUAAACUGUAAGUUUUUGAAUAACCUCCCAGCUAUUUGAUAUUUUAAAUUUUUUUGAAAAAUGGAUCAAAACGGACCAGAAUGCGAGGUUUGCGGACUUGAGAGCCAGGGCUUUCACUUUGGAGUGCUUUCGUGUAGAGCCUGUUCGGCAUUUUUCAGACGGACAGCUACUGUCCCAAAAUGGCAUCAGAAAAAUUGCCAAAAACCAAGUAAAUGUAAAAAUGGAGAGGGUCAAUAUCACUGCAAGCCGUGUAGGCUCAAAAGAUGCAUUGCCGUUGGAAUGAACACUGAAAAUUUCCAAUUUGACCGAGAUGGCCUAGUUGCAAAACUCAAAAAGCCCAAGCUCCCAAAAUCGUUCGAAAUGUUUGUGGGACGGCCUGAAUAUGUGCUCUUCUGCACUCCUGGCACAUCAGCUCAGAUUUCUAACCCAAAAACUCUUAUCGACGUCAGUGGUCUCGUUAACAAGGCUUCUAACGUUUUGCUAACUGGUCCAGAAAUACCUAUAAUUGCUCGAGACCAACUUCAUAAGCUAGCAAUUGGAUUCAGUUUCCUAGAGAAUACUUCUACAAAUAUGAAAGAUUUCCCGCAUUCCUCAAAAGAAGAUGUGCUCAAAAUAUGGGAAUUUUAUUUUCUCACAGUGGCACGGUGGCUGACGUAUUUCGACGAGUUUCAGAAGUUGGACCACAAAAUUCAGAUGACCCUUCUCCUCGCAAUCUGGCACGUUUGGGGACGACUUGACAAGCUUCUGGCAACUGCAAUAAAUCGGAGACGCGGCUUGUGUCCUACAAAAAACCUGUUGACUCUGAGCAAUGGGGUUUUCAUCGAUAUGGAGCAUCAAGAAGUUGAUGUAGAUUGGAUGACCAAUUACGAGCCGGAGCAAGUUUUGACCUUCAUAGACGGAGUGCGCGCCCGAGAGCUCACCAAAGAAAUCGACCCUUUAGUAGAGCUUGAGCCAUCUGACAUUGAAUCCGCCUACAUGCUUGCCCAACUCUGCUUCCACUACGCAGGAAAACGAUUUGCUGGUGAAAUCCAAGAAAUUUGUGAUCACCUUCAAGACGUUCUUGCUCAAAACCUACAUGAAUAUUACCAAAAUGAGAAGAAAAUUGAUCGAUACUCGGGAAGACUGGCGAAGCUAAUAAAGAUUAAUGGAGCAGUUCAGAAAAACAUUUGGGAAAAUCGAUCAAAAAUCAAAAUUUCCAAGACUUUUGACAUGCUCUCCAUAGAGACUUCCCAUCCGGAAAUGUUUUAUGACACUGGAUUUUAAUUUGGUUUUUUUUUAUUGUUGACGCAUGUAUUUAUCCAGAAAAAUGUGUUGUUAAUAAAGUUCAGAUAUUGGCUGAAAAU